AGCCCAAUGGCUAACUGGCACCACACGCGAGCCCGCGAUGGGCGACCUCGUCGUAAAGUAAUCACGCCUGCUGCGGCGCUCAGGGCGCCUGCUGAGACGACGCGCUGCCUUCGACAAACGCCAACGCCCAGCGUCGCCUUCACAGCCUCACCGCGUCCGGCUGGGCUCUUGGCGCCUCGCGCGUCCCUACUCGGCUUCCGCCAAUCCCGCCCGUCGUCUUUCCUCCAUUUCUAUAAUACCUCUGUUCCAGUCGCUCCUGACACCACUCGCCGUCUCUCUCCAUCGCCACGCCAUAUUCAACCACGCUCAACUACAGCCAAGCAAACCCCGUCCAUGCACUGGUAUUCCUGAGGCGUUGCUGACGUCUAGCGCCCUCACGCCCCCUGUUUUCCCCAACAUACUACUGCUACACAUACAUACCUCGUCGUUGCUCUAAUCCGCUACACCUGCUCCAUCGUUGCCGCCAUGCGCACAGUAAGGGGGAUAGGCGUGCCGUCGGUACGGCUCGUCACAUCUUACAUCUUUGACUGGAUCGUCAUCAUCAUCAUUGCUGCCAUCGCCGGCGGGUGGGAGUAUGUCGAGCCCUUCCGUCGGCCCUUCUCGCCUGUCGAUCUCUCCAUCUCCUUUCCACACCAGACGGACGAAAAGAUCCCCACAUGGCUGCUGGUCGUAGUCUCACUGAUCAUACCUGGUCUCAUCAUCAUGCUCGUGUGUCUGGUCUUCGUUCCGGGGCCCACGGCCGAGCGCGGCACCUCAAAGGCGCUCAUCUGGAGGAGGAAACUCUGGGAGUGGAACACGGGAUGGAUGGGCCUGGCCCUUUCCCUCGCUACCGCCUUCCUCAUCACCCAGGGCAUGAAGAACUUGUUUGGAAAACCACGACCAGACCUGCUGUCGCGAUGCAAGCCAGAUCUCAGUCGCAUUGCCGAUUUCGCAAUCAACCCCAUCGUUGGAGACAUCUUCGACCCAGCCUGGGUUCUCGUUACAUCCGCCAUCUGCACAGAGACAGACAACGACCUUCUCAAAGACGGCUUCAAGUCUUUCCCCAGUGGACAUUCAAGCUUCUCAUGGGCAGGCCUCCUCUAUCUCACCCUCUUCCUCGCCUCCAAGUUCUCAGUGGCAAUCCCCUUCCUUCCACCACGCCCCUUCUCCACCAACCCAGCCCACACAUCCGCCGUGGCCCCAUCCAAUCUCAAGAAACAAGUCCUGCUCCCCAUGCACAAGCACGACUCUUCCAUGAUGCCCACGACUCCCUACGGCGACGACAACAUUGUGCCCAUCCGCUACCAAAACGCCGCGCCGCCCGUCUACACGCUUGUGCUCGUCCUGGUCCCCAUCUGCUCAGCCAUUUACAUCACCAGCACGCGCUACACGGAUUUCCGCCACUUUGGCUUCGACAUGCUGUUUGGCUCGCUAAUUGGCAUCACCUGUGCCUGGUUCUCGUUCCGCUGGUACCAUCUCCCCGUCACACGCGGUGCAGGCUGGGCCUGGGGCCCGCGAAGCUACGACCGCGCUUGGGGCAUUGGCGUGGGCAGGGGCUCGUACGUUGGCACAGAGGGAUGGAGCAGUUCAGGGGCCAGUCAGAUGACGACGUCCAGGAGGCAGGUAGACGCACAGACAAAUGGACAUGGCGUCGAUGAGAGUGAAAUGCACGUCCUGAAUAGGAAUGGCGCGCCGCAUGCUGGGAACCCCCCCAGCCCCACACAUUCGCGGAAUGCUCCGGCUCAGGCCUACUAAGGCUGUUGUGUUACGAUUUCUCUAUUUUUUUUGUUAUCGUUGUUGUUACAUCUAUAUAUCCAUGAGUAGCCCCCUUGUGGGCCACGACGAGAGACGACCUUUUACCAGAAACUAUUUUGUAUACUAGUCCAGCCCUCAAAGUAAGAUCAUCACUUGCAAUUAAU